GGUUAAGGCGAAAGAGAACCAACCUUCGACUGUUUACGAGCUCUCGCGCGCGUUACCUGGGGGAAGAUGAGGAGCUCCGGGAUGAUAGGGUCGUCGUCGGCGACGGCGUCGUCGGCGACGGCGUGGGCGUCGACGACCUCGGUGUCGUCCUCGGGGAAGAGGAUACAGAGGGAGAUGGCGGAGCUGAACCGGGACCCGCCUCCCUACUGCUCCGCCGGCCCCAAGGGCGACAAUCUCUACCACUGGGUCUCCACCAUCAUGGGCCCUCCAGGUACACCGUAUGGAGGAGGAAUUUUUUUCCUUGACAUAACUUUUCCGAGUGAUUAUCCAUUCAAGCCUCCGAAGGUCGCAUUCAAAACUCGAAUUUACCAUUGUAAUGUUGAUUCGUCCGGAAAUCUUGGAUUGGACAUCUUGAAGGAUGGUUGGAGCCCGGCUCUUACAAUUUCUAAAGUUCUUCUUGCCAUCAGAUCGAUUUUCACGAAUCCUGAUCCCCAUAAUCUACUGGUUCCUGGCAUUGCCCAUCUGUACAUGGUGGACCGGCCUAAACAUGAUCAACUGGCUGCUGAAUGGACACUGCGAUUCGCGAAGUGAUCGAAUUCAUUAGAUGGAAAGAGCAGACUACCUUGGCGUGCAACUCUUACCACAGAAGACGACAGGGUUGGCAAUAUGGCACGACCUAAACAACCAUCUUGAUUUUGAGACUUGUCGAGAUGAAUAUGAUGCACGCCUCCUGCUCCAGCAUCAAGCCUUUCUCGGGUGAGUUCGCGUAUAAUCAGUGGCAACUUGUAAAUUGCAGCUUGUCUACUUUUAGUUUUGGUGAGCAGAUGUAACGGGUGAGUUAACCUUCGGCAAAUGCGGCCGCUAAAAUCGCUGCUGAAUGGUCGUUGGGAAUGGAAAUAUAGCUGGUGAAUGAUGAUGAAAAAGAAUCCAUCGUAACCAAAUAGAUCUGUUACUUUGGGUGCAUGUCGAUCGACUUGGCAAUUGUGCCUCUCCAUGUUCAUUUGUCUUUUCGGGCUUUUAGCUUAUGUACUCUGUCCUGGUGUCAAAAAAUAAUUGUAGCAGGAAUUGAAGAGAUAUUGUAUGGCUGUUGAAAGUA